UUCUACGGUCACCUGAUUUCAUUCUUAUAAGAAACCCUAAACACACUCCUCACUCACCCUCUCCCAUCAUGUUUCUCCACCACAGUCAAAGCGACACCGUUUCUGCCGCCAUUAGUCAUCGUAUUCCAUCGUCUGUCUUGCCGGAGGAACUCGUCGGCGAGAUCCUCCUGAGGCUUCCGGUGAAAUAUCUCUUUCAAUUUAAGUGCGUCUGCAAAUCAUGGAAAACCCUAAUCUCCGAUCCCCAAUUCGCAAAGAGGCAUCUUCGAAUCAAAACCACAGAUAACCAGAUGUCGGUGUUCACCGUUUUAGAAGAAUCCAGAAUCGUUUCUUACCGUUUAAAAUCAUUAUGUGAAAAUCCAUCAAAUCAUACACCGGUUACCUUCAGCGACAUGACGAAUCGCGAUUAUCGUAUUAUAGGUUCAUGCAAUGGGCUGCUGUGUCUCCUCGAUAGGGAACAACGUGUCAGAAUGUGCAACCCUUCUAUCAGGUUCUAUUCCAAAAAAUCUCCACAACCUGUUUCGUUUAGCUGUAAUGUAGAGCACUGUGGCUUUGGAUAUGAUGAGGUUAAUAACAAGUAUAGGGUGCUAUUAGUUCUCAUAAAUAGGAGGAAUAAUUCUUGUCAAACCUUGACCAAAGUUUAUACCUUUGGUGAAGAUUCUUGGAAAACCAUUCAGAAUUUUCCCCUUCCAUGCAUUAACCCCUUAAAUUUGUCAGGGAAAUCUGUGAGUGGCACUCUGAAUUGGAUAGUUGAAAAAAGUGGUGUUAGUGUGAUUCUUUCCUUUGAUCUUGAGAAGGAUACUUACAAUGAAAUGUUAUUGCCUCAAGAUGAUGGUGGCUCAAUAUGCAUGUUGUAUGUUUUGAAUAAUUGCCUCGGUGUGUGUUACAAUUACGAGUAUUUCACUAAAAAUAAUCAUUGGAUUGCGUGGUUGAUGAAAGAUUAUGGUGAUGUUGAGUCGUGGACAGAACUCAUUAUUAUACCUAACUUCAGACCAACUUUUUUUGCUGUACCCCUGCUCAUUUCAGAAAAUGAUGUUCUUCUAGCAAACAGCUUACGUCCCCAACUUGUAGUAUAUAACUUAAAUAGUGGUAAGUUCUAUCAUCCCUCUAUAAAUGUUCAGCUUGGGGUGGAUCUACAUAUUCACCGUGAGAGUUUGGUAUUACCGCCAUGUUAAAUAUCAUUUGGAUCUACAUCGGGGUCGUCUGAAUGACUUUUGUUGUUUACUUUUUUAAGAAGAGAAUAAAUAAAAAAUUUAUUUGAUAA